CCCACUACCGCAUCUUCACUGGCUCUGCCAUAGAUCGAUUGAUCUACUGUUUCAGUUCCGACUUCCGUUUUCACACCGGCACUUUCACCUUCUUCAGGAUUCGGACCUGUCUCCCAAUCCCACCUGUACCUGAUUCCACCCCACAACCGAAGUUACUUACUUCUACAAGCUCUCGUAAGUCAGCUGCGUAUGUCUUGCUUCACUUGGCCUGUUCUUCCGUACCGCCUUAUCUACGAUCUUCCUACCACCUUGAGGCCCAACCUUCUGGUGCCGUCCUCCUCACAGAUCCUUCACAAGGCCUCGUGUCUUCUAUACCUUCCACUUCUUGCCACUCCGAGUCUAGUUCCUUCUUCAGCCCUAACCUUUAUUCAUUCGACACCUCUAAAGCCAGCAUCAUGCCUAAGCGCAAGAUUGAAAAUGAAGAUGAGAAAGACACCAAGAAGACUCGUAACCGUCCCAUGGAAUACGAUUUCUUCCACGAGAAACCCGAGUCCGCAAAGAAAGAAAUCCCCAUGAUACUUGCCUGCAAUGGCGAGCAAUACAACGUUUUCCCACAGAUCCUGGGUAAGUUUGCAAACAGAUUCGAACACGUCGAACACCAAAAUCGUACCUAUAUCAAUCUGGAUGCCUUGGAGUGCCGCGGCGUCGAAGUCUUCGCGAAUUGGGCCAUGGACCACCAAAAGCCCUUCCUGAUCGCGGUCAACGGUGAUGAGGGAAACAUUAUUGAUGAUGUUGUCGACUGUUACAUCACUGCCCUACGACUUAGAGCCACUCUGCUGUGCGAUCUAAUCAUCUACCAAGCCUGUGAGAUCGGCAAGGAGCACGAACUCAUUGUUCGUCACAGUCAGAUCAACAAGAUCUACGCAGAGACCAAGAGGCCUCAAGAUGGUCUGCGCGAAUUCAUCUCCUCUGUCGUCGCCUAUCAGAGACGCAACGGCCUCGCAAAUGCCAUCGCUGGCAGAGACCUUGAGGUAGACAAGCAGCGCAAGAAAUUUGCCGCUCUACCUCAAGAAUUCCAGUUUGAUCUAAUGAACGAACUGUCGAAAAACACUGCCGGACAGAACCCCUGCUACAAACCCAACCGUUUCCUAAAGAGCGUGCACUUUUUCACCAAAGAGAAAGCAAGAAACAGAGCUGCUGCUGAGAAAGCUCGUCUUGAACAAGUUGGCACCGCAGAGGAGCCCCUCUUCGUUGAAGAAUCUGACGACGAGUAAACGAGGUAAUGCGAGCUACGAAACAAACCAUCACAAGCGAUGUACCACUACUUGCGAAGGUCGAACAAAAGGCCUACCACG